AUGCGGGAUCUAUCGAGGUCAUUCCGCGCGAUUUCGUGCUGUCGUCAGACUUAUCGGACGGAGCUUCCGUUCUCUCUUGUCGAUUGCCCUACGCCGGCGAGCCCUUGCGCUUACGAUUACCAGUACGCCGAAGGCUCAUCGGCCCAAGGCAUCUUCGCCAACGAGUCAGCAACGGUCGAAUUACUGAACGGACACCGAAUGAAACUAAAAGGUCUAAUAAUCGGCUGCACAUCCACUUCUGUGGGAUCCAGCUUCAUCUCAGCCGACGGUGUGCUCGCCCUCGGCUACGGUCCGAACACCUUCGUCUCUCGCGCCACCGCCAAGUUCGGUAACCUUUUCUCCUACUGCUUCGUCGACCAUCUCAGCCCACGAAACGCCACCGGUCAUCUUACCUUCGGCCCGAACCCCGACCUCUUCCCUCACUCCCCCUCUGCCCGCCUAAUCCUCGAACCAAAGCUCCAGCCUUUCUAUUAUAUUUCCGUCACUGGAAUCUCAGUGGCUGGCGAACUCCUUCCAAUUCCGGCCAGUGUUUGGAACGAUAGUAGCGGCGGCGGAGCUAUUCUGGAUUCCGGCACGACGCUGACGAUUCUCGCCGAACCGGCUUAUAAAGCUGUUGUUUCUGCGAUAAGUACCCAGCUGAUUAACGUGCCCCGUGUCGAGAUUGAUCCGUUUCAGUAUUGCUAUAAUUGGACGACGGCGGCGGCCGCUGCAACUGCGGUGCCGGGCUUGACUGUUCAUUUUACGGGAUCGGGGAAUCUGACGCCGCCGAGGAAGAGUUAUUUGAUUGAUGUGGCUGAUGGGGUUAAGUGUAUCGGGUUUAGUUCUACGCCUUGGCCGGGGGUUUCCACGAUUGGGAAUAUACUGCAGCAGGAACAUAUAUGGGAGUUUGAUUUGAAGAAUCAACGGCUCAGAUUUCAUCCAUCGAAUUGCACAGAAGGCUCUUUUUAUCAUUGAUUGAUUGAAUAAAUUAAUUAAUGGAUGGAUGCAUUAUAAAAUCUAUUUGCUGAUUAUUUUUUGGCACAUGUGUUUUACACCAA